AUGGUCAGACGAUAUCUUAUUGUUCAACGAUCUGUUGAUGAGAAUCAGCUGAAUUCUGUAUGUGAUAUUCUACCACUGCUGAAUGAAGUAGGGCUGUUGAAGACUGUCACAGACAUCUGCCCAUAUUCUAAGCUCCUCACGUAUGAAUUCUACUGUAAUCUCAAUGACGAGAUUGACAUCUUAACCGGGCCACGUCCUAUGCAGAUUUUCAUUAGAGGGAAGUGGUACAUCUUUGGGCUUGACAUGAUCAACCAAUACUAUGGACUGACUACUGUGCAAGAAGAAGCAAUUACAGACUGGAACUUGGUGGCCAAGACUCUAACGGGUGGACAGAUUGACACUUGGCCUACGGGUGACAAGGAUUAUCUGCAGAGCUCUCAACUCACAUCUAGAUAUGUUAUUCUACAUCGUCUGGCUCUUCAUAACUGGCUCCCAUCAGCUCACUUUCACACGGUUGGUAAGCACCUGGCUGGUUUCUUGUUUCGAAUUGGGACAAAGAUGCCGAUUGAUCUGGGAAACUGGAUUUACAACCACAUCCUCACCAUGAUUCAUCCACGAGAGCAGAAGGUAAGGCUACCCUUUCCGAAUCUGAUUUUUGGCAUUCUUACAACUCAGGGUCUUGAGCCUAUGCCGAGUGAAGUGAUAAGUCCAACUCUGCUCUAUACUGUUGAUCGGCGUCUUUUGACUGGAGAUCAUAUUCGAGAUGUUAUACCGGUGACUACCCUCUCCAAUUCUGAAGCUGAUACUGUGGCUGAUGACUCGCCCCAUGCCAAGGAUCUUCAUCUCUCCAUUCAGUUAAAGGCACGGGUCUAUGAGCUUGAGACAGUUCACGGUAUAAUUGCUAAACAACUGACUGAGGCCCGUACUGAGCCGGCAACCGUUCUUAUUCGUUUAAGCCUAUCUGAAUCUGCUGCUGCUACUGAACCUGCGAAGUCCGACAGUGGCACUCCCUCCAAUGCAUGA